CGGGGGGAUGAUAACGUUGCCGAAGGGCGUUGUGAGCACACCCGGCUAUCCAAAGAUGCUGAAGAAGAACACGACGUGUGUGUGGGUCGUCUCCUUCCCGCCGCAGGACGGCGAUAACGUCAACGUCGUUAAAUACUCGUUCCUCAUCAACGGCACCGCGUACCAGCCCGGGAGUGUGGAAAUCAGAGAUGGCUCGUCCGUUCGAUCCGACAUCGUUGAUGUCGGGACGGUUGUAAUCAACAAAAUGUCAACUAACAUGACUCGAUCCAGCGGUCUGUGGGUAAAGUACAGUGUGCGCCUCGUGAAAGGAUCGGCUCCCGCCUUCCGGCUCAACUUCACUAAAUACGCUUGCCCAAAGACACAGCAAUGUGACAAUGGCGUGUGCAUGCAGGACAAUUGGAAGUGCAAUGGUAAUAACGACUGUGGUGACAAUUCGGAUGAGAUGGACUGUGGUGGCAAGCCAGUACCAGGCAGUACAGGCAUCUCUGUGACGGUGUUUGUGGUCACCCUGCUCGUCGUCACAGCCCUGACCAUCGCCGCCACGCUGCUCAUCCAGAGGUACGUCCUCAGAGCGCGGAGUCCGUACAACCAAUUCCAAGACAACGCGGCAGAGGCUUAACAAAUAGGGGUGCAAGCGAUCAGUUUCCAUUUCCUUCAUGUCUGCCGAUAGAUCUGUUGGAAUUGAUGCGCAGACGAGCGGCACAGACUAAUUAUGGAUUGCGAAAGGUUUCAUGUCAAUUAGUUUCACAUGAUGUAUGUUCAUUAAAUUUGUAAACUCACUACCUAAUUGAAAGUUAUUUUCUUAUAAAAAAUUAUAAUCUGGCACACUGGUUAUUGCCUGAAUUUAUUUUAAGUAGUGAAAGAAAUUUCUAUUAUUUUAUUAUUGAUUUAGAUAAUGUACUGGACUAUUAAUCUGUAGUACGUUAUAUGUAGUACGUUAAAAAAUUAUAAUCUGGCACACUGGUUAUUGCCUGAAUUUAUUUUAAGUAGUGAAAGAAAUUUCUAUUAUUUUAUUAUUGAUUUAGAUAAUGUACUGGACUAUUAAUCUGUAGUACGUAUUUCUUGAUGGGUAACCAUUUCAUUUUUAAUUACCACGUUCUGAACGUUUUCAAUUUUCAUUGCAUUAUUGUUUUUUGGGAGAUCUAUCAGAAAAUUGGGUGAAUUGAUA